UUUGGAUGGUGCAGCGGGGUGGCGCAGCGAUCAACCAACGAUGGGAGGAAAAAUCCGCGAGUCUGACCAAUAAGGCGGAUAUUGCAGUUUUACCUCUUGCACAUGUCCGAUGUCGUCAUUGGGAGACCACAAUCGCACUGCCUCGUAUCGCAUCAUUGACAGAAAAUGGAUAAGCAGAGGCUGGCUGUCCGGACUGAUGCGAUGGAGCAGCACUCAUGACAUGAUUUGUUGGGCACUGGAGCAGCAGGCACCGGUGGCUGCAAUCAUCCUGGAGAAGAAGCUGGCCAACCUUGAGCUGUCGGCGCAGGAGUGGAGUCAGCUAGAAAAAGCAACAUCAAUAUUGAAGCAACUUGAUGGAGAAAACUAGAGGAGUCCCUUUAAGAUGACACGCACAGACCCUCCUGACAUACUGGUAUCAACUGUGCAUCGAGAUAUAAAAGUGGUCCCCAUUUCUUCACACUACAAAUCCUUGCAACCCUCCAAACAAUGUGAUUUCAUAAAUUACAGCACACUGGAGGACAGUAAGAGCAAAGUCAAUAAGAGGCACUGCCGUACCUUUGACUAUAGGUCUUUGGAGUACCCAAAGUUACACAAAUACUCAAUGGAGUCCCCAUACAAGAAGGCUGAUAGGCAUGCAGCUAACCCAGAUGCUGCCUGGAAUGCCUUGGGCCACCAGCAGAGAUACCGCUUUUCUGCUCCAGACAUUUUUAGCCAUAGGUUAACUCCUCAACCAAUGGCUGCAGAUAUGACCAGUGAAGUAGUUGUCCCUGAACAAAAAAGAAGGACCAGGUCAAAAAGUGCACCUCGGGUCCAGACCAGUCUCACUCCUGUGUCUUUUGAAGGGUCCUCAUCUUCAGGGAGGAAGGGCAGGGAGUCACAAAGGGCUCCAAGAGACACUCGCUGGAGACCAGAAGUAUCACCACGCAGGGAGUCCUCCCAUGCAGCAGCUAGGGCUCAUAUACAUGAAGUUCAUCCCAUUAAGUUGCAGCCUCAAAUGGGUGACAGCAGUAGAUACUCACCUCACUAUGCUGCUGAUAAUACUGAGGAUGGAGGGCUGGAUAAACCCGCAACUAGCCCUCAUGUCAGGUGUAGGGUAGACAUCAAGCCUGAUGAUGCAGCAUUGCAUCAUUCAGGACGCAAACAGGCUACACCACAAGUGGACAUACCCUUGCAGAGGCACCACAGUGGGGGGAGUAGGAGUCUGACUGUGCCACGCCAUUUCUCCUACUCAAGAACACCAACUCCCACUGAUUCGUUAGGUACAGAGGGUAGGCAAGCUUAUCAAUAUUCUCGCAGCAUGCCAAAUAGUUACUUACAACCCAUGGAAAUUCCCUUGCAAAGAAUGCCAUCAUCAGGUGAUUACUAUGGUAGGGAACGAAGAGCUCAUUCCAGUCCGAAUGUGCCAACCAAAUUCUUUUAUGCAGAUGACCCUGGGAGAUAUGUUACUACUGCUCCUCCUCAACCAAGUUCUUGCUUUCACAAUGAACAUUACACACCAGGACGAACAUAUACUCCAAAAGUGCAAUACGUGCAAGAUCCAAGGACUCGAAUGGUACAUGCUGUAGCUACAAGACCCUUUUAUCCUGAGAUGGAGCCCUAUCCUUACUCUGUGCAGACAGGGUAUCCCAAACCCUAUGCAGCAAAUGAACCAGGGCCAUACAUUAUACAGACACCUCCAACAAGAAUAUUUUAUGGGGAUGAUCCAAGGUCUUAUCAAAUCCAGACUGCUCCGCCAAGGUUUUAUUAUUCCAGCGACAUGUAUGCAAUGCCACCAGAGCACCAUAUCCCAGCAAGGGCAUAUUACACAGAGGGCCGAAGACAUGCUAGAGUCAUUCAGGCACAAACAGAUGACUGGUAUGGCUCAGAUGCAUCUGGUUAUUCCACCAAUCCUGCCUCUUAUGUAUCUCAAGUCACUCCAACCAGAGUCCAUCAAGAACCAGUGUUAGCACCCUGGUAUGCCAACCCAUGUUUAGAGACUCAAAGAAUUGGCACAGAUUCAAAAUCUUACUCAAGGUCCUGGGACAAUAUUCUCAACUCACGAGUAGAGAGGGAACAACCUCUUCCUGUACAACGGGGUCAGAGCUAUGAUGAUCUUCUUGACUCCAGGAAGCCUGCAGCAGUCUCGGGUGACAAACCGCAACCAGUGGUGGUCAAUCUUUCCAGUUCACCAAGACGCUAUGCAGCCUUAUCAAUGUCUGAUAACUCACUAAUUGACAAAAGCCCAACAGAGACAUCAAAGAGCACGACUAGUAAACUCUGGUUUGUCACUCCUGAGAUAACAAUCACUGAUAAUGACAUUCGACCAGGGAAACUUAAUAAGGCUGAAGGACGGUCUGCCAGUUGGGACAUUCUUGACUCCAGAAGCCCAGAGGGUCCAGACCUGUCUCAGCAUGACUUUGAAAGCUCAACCAAAGAGAAGACACAUGACAAUGCCUCACUACAGCAAAGCCUUGAACAACUUGAUGAACUUCUGGCAGAUCUUGUGACUGAUUAUAAGCCACCCAGUAGAAGGGCAAGUGAGGACAUUCUUGAUCAAUUAAAGAAGUUAAUUGAUGAGGAAGAAGCAGUAUCUCUAUCCAGAAAGAGCUCAAAGGCCUGUGCAGAGGAACCAGCUCCUCUUGAUAAGCAGCCAACCUCAAUAAGAAUGACCCCUGAUGCUUUUCGAGACAUGGACGGGGCCAGUGAUGCAAUGAAGAGUGCAGAUGAGUGCUCCCCAGAUCAGAGCCCAGAUGAAGAUGAUACAAUGAUGUGCUCAAACAACAAAUGCCGGAGGACAGAGACCCUGUUUAAUGCUUGCCUAUAUUUUAAAUCCUGCCACAGCUGCUACACUUACUACUGCUCUCGUAACUGUCGCAGGGAGGACUGGGACAUUCAUAAAGAAAGCUGCCUGUAUGGAAGAAUUGGCAGCAUUUGCCGUCACAUCAUCAAACACUGCCGGGAGACUGUUGAAGUCCACAAAGCCUUCUCCCGUAUUGCCAAAGUUGGCUACCUUUCUCGAGGUAGAGGAGUUCUGUUUCUUGGUUUUCCAAAUCCUGCAUCAUCUAGUAACUUCCUGCAGUAUGGUCUUGAUAGUCUACUGAUGUCUCCUACAUACCUGUCCCUCCGAGAGCUUGAAAGCUUCAAGGACAACCUAGGGGAGUAUUGUAAGGAGCUGCAAGAAGCUGGUAAAGAGUACGACCCUAAUGAAUGUUUCAUCUUGAAUGUAUCCAUUGCUGUUGGUGACCAGUUGCCCGAUGGGCCAUCACCAAGGAAUCAAGCUCCAACUGUCAGAAAAUAUGCAAAGGUAGCACUGGCUUCCUUUAGCCCUGAAAGGAAGGUUCACAAGAAAGAGAGUGACAUGGAAACGCUGAUCCUCACUCCACCCCCUGGAACAGCAGAUAUUGACAAAGAGGGAGAGGAAGGCAGGAAGGCCAGGGAAAUCUGUUUUAUCAAUAUACAACGGGAGUUAAGGAUUCGAGGGGUUUUCCUACGACACGAAUACCCACAGGUAUAUCAGCAGCUCUGUGAGUUUGUGGAAAGUAACAGAAGGUUCACACCCACAACUAUUUAUCCUAUUGACAAGAGGACAGGUAAACAGUUUAUGUGCAUGAUUAUGGCUGCCUCUGAGCCCAGGACGUUGGACUGGGUAGGCACUCCUCAUCUCCUUGAUGAUAUUAUUUGA